AUGAGCAUGCCACAUUCCCAUCUUGCUUCUCCUCUAAGCUCCACGAGAGGGGCUGAUCCCAACUAUGGCAGGAAAAACAUACCAGAAGAGGGUUUAGACAGCGCUCCGACUCUCAACAGACCCCUGUCAUGUGCAAGAGAAAAACCCAAGCCAUAUCAAAGAAGUGGUCUCACGUUAGCAGAGCACCUUGUCGGUGGGAGUGUUCAUGGGUGCAAAGGUUCCAAGAAUCUGUUGGAUGUUCAAAAGAACAAAGAUAUACUUGGGCAUACCUUGAAGAAUCUGUCUUUGGAGGCUCUCGCUCAGGCUGUCGUCACCCAGCAUGCUGAGGUUGAAUGGAGGUGCUUGUGCGCUCUGACAACAGCUUGGCAUAUUGAGGCCAUUGAGCAACACUCAAAGCUUCUGCACAUGAUUCUCGAGCGUGAAGCACAAACAUAUGCUAAUGCAGCUUCAGAGUCACUCAACACCUUGUUUAAGCAACUUAAUCAGAUGCUAGUGCUACAAGUUUGGAUGAAGACCAUAGUUUUGGAUCUAUGCAUGGAACUUCAAGGAAUUCCACAGAGUCUGAUGACUGAGGUGAUUGAAAUCUUCCUGUGUAAUGAAGCUUGGACUAAUUCUGCUUACCAGGUACCUGCUGAGCCUUGGGUUGUUACCUCAUUACAAACAACACGCACUUGUCCUCUGACGGAACUUGAAUGCCAUGCAUGGAGUGUGCUUCAAGUUUUGGGGAAACCAUCACUAGCGGCCCAGCUUGCACGUUCGCAGCCAUCCAACUCGCCAACUCCACUUAGUACUCCUGGCGUCUCGUGUUCUCCCAACACCUCAUUUGUGCCACAACCACAUACCUAUUGUGGGCAGCACAUGUGGGGAGAUCCAGCAUAUGGCACUAUGCAACACCGGCCACUGGCACACUCGACAACCAUCAACAGCACUUCAGGAACCAGCGCUUGGGGCAGGGAUGACCAUAAUGUAGGCCUGGACUACUAUGGUAGCCACAGGUCCACUGCCCCACACCCACAACAUUUUCUCCCAACCAAAUACUACAACACCUCUUCUCUUUGGGCUCCCUCCCAAUCCAUAAGGCCAAUAACUGUUUGGUUCAAAGCCGUCAGGCCCUUUUGGAGUUUCUACUCUAUUAUCGCAAACCAUUGGCCCAAAGCUUUUCUAGGAAGCUACUGGCAAUUCACAGAGCUUCAAAGCAGAGAAGAUACUCUAGUAUCUGCCCUGCAGUCAAUGCAACAUUUUUUUUCCGCCUCUUACUUCACUGAGGGCUGA